AUGAAUAUGUUGGAUGAUGAAGAUGACCAAAGCUUUCACGCUACGCGUGACGGCUACUCUCAUUUGAGCGACGUUGAAUGGGAUGCGGUUGAACGAAUGGGUUCAACCAUGGGCAUCCAUGCUGUUAGCGUCAUGCUAGAGACUCUCAAUAGAGAUGCCCAACAUGUUACUAUCGCCAAGUUUAUUCAAAAUGAACUUGACGCAGAACGCGAGAAAGUAGCCUUGCUUCACCAACAAGGUUCUCAACAAGCAGAGUUGUUGAGAGAACAGGGUGCUCAACAGUUUGAACUGUUGCGACAGCAGCAGGCUGCUGCUGGUGGGUCGAUGCACUCGCGUCGACCCGAGACCUUGAAGAUUGACAUCUCCAAGUACAGGGGAGUCGAAGAGGACUCCCUCUUGAGAUAA